AUGGAAGAAAAAAAACCAACAAGUUUGGUUAAUGAAGAAAUACAGGCAAAAUUAGAUAAAAAGUUAGGUCCAGAAUACAUCUCCAAAAGAAUUGGGUUUGGCUCUAGUAGAGUGGCAUAUAUUGAAGGUUGGAGAGCCAUUAAUCUAGCUAAUCAAAUUUUUGGAUAUAAUGGAUGGUCUACAGAAGUUAAAAAUGUCACUAUAGACUUCUUAGAUGAAAGACAAGGGAAAUUUAGUAUAGGGUGUACAGCUAUAGUGCGUGUUACUUUGGCAAAUGGGACAUACCGAGAAGAUAUAGGAUAUGGUACUGUAGAGAAUGAACGUAGGAAGCCAGCUGCCUUCGAAAGGGCUAAGAAAUCAGCUGUCACAGAUGCUCUCAAGAGAGCACUAAGGGGAUUUGGGAAUGCGUUAGGAAAUUGUUUAUAUGAUAAAGAUUUCCUUUCCAAGAUCGAUAAAGUCAAAUUUGAUCCACCCGAUUUUGAUGAGGGAAAUCUGUUUAGACCUUCUGAUGAAAUCAGUGAGAACUCAAGAUCAAACACAAUGGACGCAUCAGAUUCAGCGGUACCUACAAAACGACGCCAAAUUGGAAAGAUAGGUGUGCCACAUAAUAAUAUUCCUAUUGAAACUCCACAACAAACUAACAGACCAAUUAGGAACGCUGCCUCCAUCGAUCAGCAGAAUAAACAAAAUACAUCUAUGAGUGAGCCUCCGAAGACAGGACCUGCUGGCGAAAAUGUUCCCCCGACAACUGCGAAGUCAGAACAAGAUGACCUUUUAGAUGAUUCAUUUAUGUUCAGUGAUGAUUUUCAAGAUGAUGAUUUAAUGGAUAACGAAGAAGACCAGGUAUUAAAAGAUACAAUGGAGGUACCAUUGGUGCCCCCUGCCAGUAGGGGCCCAAUUAUCAACGAACCUGUGACUUUUGUAACAGCUAAGGCAGCUACUACUUUGCAAAAUAAAGCUCAAGUCACUGAUGACAGCAUAUUUGAUCCAAAAUAUCAAGCGCAAUCAAUAAAACACACAAUUGAUCAAACGACCUCAAAACAUGUACCAGCAGAUACUUUAAAAGAAAAAGGAGUUAGUCCUUCAAGAGAGGAAUUAUACCAAAAGUUUGCUCCAAAAGGGAAACAACUCGAUUCAAACACGACAAAUCACCAACAAACUGAGUCACCCGAAUCCUCUACAACAACGGCAAAGCCUAGUAGCCAGCAGCAUGCAUUUGUGACGAAUCAAACCACUCAAAAACCGAGCACUACUGCGCAAACCUCCAGAUUUGCACCUCCUUCCAAAGUCAUACAUCCAAAUCCAGCUCUCUCUUCUACAAUGUCGGCCAACAGUUCUAAAAGUAUGAGAAGAGAAAUCGGGAGACCUAAAAUCAAUCCUUUACAAAUGAGAAAACCGACUCCUUAG